GGGCGCUCGCUGGCAGGGUGGCUGGGACCGUUAGCUCGCCAGGCUGGAAGGCUCUGGGCCGCUACUCCACUGGCGGCCGGGAUGGAGACCUUGCGAGCGCAGCGGCUGCAGCCUGGAGUGGGCACCAGCGGGAGGGGCACUCUGCGAGCGCUUCGGCCGGGAGUGACUGGGGCCGCGGCUGCCACCGCCACACCCCAGGCGGGCCCCCCGCCGGCCCCGCCGCCCCCAGCACCGCCCCCGCCGCCUCUGCUCCUGUCCGGGGCCGCCGGGCUGCCGCUGCCCCCCGGAGCCGCCGGCAGCCCCGCGGUGCUGCGGGAGGCCGUGGAGGCCGUGGUGAGGAGCUUCGCCAAACACACGCAGGGCUAUGGCCGAGUGAAUGUGGUGGAGGCACUUCAGGAAUUUUGGCAGAUGAAACAGUCCCGUGGGGCUGACUUGAAGAAUGGGGCUCUAGUGGUUUAUGAGAUGGUUCCCUCCAACAGUCCUCCCUAUGUCUGCUAUGUCACCCUGCCUGGGGGAAGUUGCUUUGGGAGUUUCCAGUUUUGCCCCACAAAAGCUGAAGCCCGGCGGAGUGCUGCAAAGAUUGCACUAAUGAACUCUGUGUUUAAUGAACAUCCUUCCCGAAGAAUCACUGAUGAGUUCAUUGAGAAGAGUGUCUCUGAGGCCCUAGCAUCUUUCAAUGGCAACAGGGAGGAAGCUGACAAUCCAAAUACAGGGAUUGGUGCCUUCCGAUUCAUGUUGGAAUCCAACAAGGGCAAGUCAAUGUUAGAGUUCCAGGAGCUAAUGACAGUUUUUCAACUGCUGCACUGGAAUGGCAGCCUUAAGGCCAUGAGGGAAAGACAGUGCUCUAGGCAGGAAGUGUUGGCUCAUUAUUCACACCGGGCCCUAGAUGAUGAUAUUCGCCACCAAAUGGCAUUGGACUGGGUGAGCCGGGAGCAGAGUGUCCCAGGAGCACUGUCUAGAGAGCUGGCCUCUACUGAGCGGGAGCUGGAUGAAGCCCGGCUGGCAGGCAAGGAGCUGCGCUUCCACAAGGAGAAGAAAGAUAUUCUCAUGCUGGCUGCCGGGCAGUUGGGCAACAUGCAUUCUUCCAAUUGCUAGGCAUCCACCCACAUACUCCCCAUCCUCUCCAGGCCCUUUUUUUAUAUGUCCUUUCUAAGACUUAGUGUGAUUUCUGUACAUACUUUCUCAGUUUUAUACUUUAAAAAAAUAUAUAUAUAUAUGUGUGUAUAAAUUCUACACCUGGAUUCCUAUUUCCUGAGAGAUCCCUUUUCUUACUUCUAGUUUUUGGAUGUAGUUGCUUUUCUCCACACUACUUUACAAGAAGAGCAGGCUGUCUUUGGAGCUUUGUUGGCUCUUACACUCCCAGUAACUCUGUGUAGUCAUUUCAAUAGCACAAAAUGACUAAGUGUUCAUGUCUCCUUUUAAAAUAACAGGGAGCUUAAAUAAGGACUAUGUGCCCCACCUUCACCCUCACUCCUGCUUUAUCUUGGACCCAACAGGGCGUGAAAAAUGAAGACUUUGGCUUUGGUUUAUCUUGAGCUGAGCCUACUUUGAUUUAUCUUGAGCUAUUCCUCCAGUAACUAGAUACUUCCUAACCUACACCACCCACUGCACACCACUACCUUACUCCUCCUCUGCCUCCAAUGGUACUUCAUCUUGAGGCUUCCUUACUUUAUUAUUUGGAAGGAAGUAGAGAUCUGGUUUCUUAUUUUUAAAAUCAUUGCUGAGAAACUGCCCAGGAACAAGAGAGGAAUUAUAAACACAAUCUUUAGGGGUUUAUCCCCUAUUGCUUCUGGGGCAUAGUUACCAUACCAUACCAGUAUGUACUCAACUCUACUGAAGGAGUCAGGGUUGAAGUUGCCUAUCUUUCAGUAUUCUCUUUUCACUCCUCCUUCCCUGCUCACCUAGCUUAGCUAAGCCCUGUCUAUAGAUCUUCCUGCCUGAAAAUAUUGGUAGAAGAUAAAACAUAUUUCCCUCCUUUUUCUUCUCCCACCAUUUUGCUUUUUGGAAACAUUAUCUGUCCAAUUUGGCGAGGGCUAUGUUCCUCCUAUUCCCACAAAGUGGUUGCUGUUUACUACCUUAGAUGUAUAUACCUAGAUUCACAUUUGUUUUCCUCUUUUUCUUUCCUCUUCCUCCACAUUGAUUAUUAGAGCAGGAGCUGAUCCAGAAAAUUAGAUGAGACUUUGGCAUUAGGGCACUUCCUAAUUGGAACCAUGAGAGCCUGCAGGAGGGGAAAGAGAAUCAAUGAUUAGCUACUUGUGUUUUUAAUACUGUUCUCUUCCCCCACCUCUUUCCUGGGUAAAAUAGGAGAGAAAUGAUCUGGAGUACAGCUAAAGCAUUCCCCUUUGGGAGAGUUUUUUGUGGGUCUCUCUAAGAUAUAUUUUCUCCUUGUUUCUGUAAUCGCCUUUAUACUGUAGUAUAGCUCAGUGCACUUCCUGAACUGAGUUUGGGAAAAUUAAUAUUCCUGCAAUUACACUUUCCAUUUAACAAUUACACACUUUGCUUUUUAGAAAUAGGUUAGGAAACAGGCUACAAUUUGCUCUUUUGGAUCAGAUAGGGAAAAGAUGAAAGUUAGCUUUCUUGCUUUUGAAAUCAUCUUAGUGACCAGUACAUAUGGGAUCAGAGGUAAGGAACUGAGCAACAGUUGUAUUAGUGCUUUAAAGUGAUUUCCUUGAAUUCUCCAAGCCCCAUCUCUGUAUUCCAUGAAGCACAUGUAGGGUUAGAGCAGAGGCUCCUACAUUAAAUAAUAGGUGUGUCUAUUCAAUUUUUAUUGAUAUUUAUAAUCCAGAAAUCAUAAACCCUCAUUUCUCCUUCGCUCUUUUCUCUGGGAAAUUUUAAGGGGUGUGAAUUAUGGGAAGAACUUGUCUUUGCACCUCCUAGAUUAUUUUUCUCAAAUAACAACCGGUAAGAUCCCAAAAAACUUGACAAAAAAUGUUCCCUGAUCUGUCCACUUUUGGUAUUAAAGUUUUACUUACCUUUUAGUACUUUCUAUGUAUUUUAUAUGUAUAACUUUAUACAAUUAAAAGUAGAUUUUUUGUCUAGUGA